AUGCUUUUCGCUGGCGGCUGGAGUGAUCGUUAUAAUAAACGCAAGGCCUGUAUGUUAUUCCCCAUUAUCGGUGACUGUUUCAUGUUUGUGUUUCUAUUGGUAUCGGCAAUAUUUUUCGAUAAAAUCCCAAUGGAAUUUGGAGCAUACAGUGAGGCAAUUGUCCCAAACAUGUUUGGUGGAAGCACUUUACUCUUCAUGGCCAUUGAUAGUUAUAUGACAAUAUCGACUCCGGAAGCAGAUCGUGUAUUUAGGUUCGGCAUUUAUAGUGUGUUUACCACUGUCAUACCCUUAAUAAGUCAACCCAUGAGUGGGAUACUCUUCAAGUAUCUAGGCUAUACAUGGUCCUUUAUCUUCGCCUUGUCCCUCGACAUCAUUGGCUUGCUCUAUAUUAUAUUCAUAAUCAAAGAACUCAAGCCACUGGCAACGAAGACGGACACCACAGAUGCCUCGCCAAAAUCGGGCACAGAAAAUCCCGCCUAUGAAGUGACACAACUAGAAGAUCUGCCCACUGCACCAAGACACAAAAACAAUGUCAUUAUUGAUACCGUGGACAAAUCUCCAACCUCAAAACCCGCAAAACGUAAUGCCCUUUUGGAUUUCUUUGAUCCCACAUUGGUUGUGGAUUAUGUGAAAUUUCCAUUUAAAAAACGUCCAAAUCGUGGUCGUAUGUUGUUGCUACUUUUAAUUAUGGCCGAGAUUUGUAUUAUUGGUCCGGCAGUCGGAGAGGGUGAAUUCUGGAAAAGUUUUACAUUUAAAAAACUGAAUUGGAAUGGCAAUGAUUAUAGCGUCUACGCAGCAUUUAAUUCCGCCUUGACUGUGGUGGGUACCCUUAUUGGAACUACCAUUUUGAGUAAAUUGCUGAAACUUUCCGAUGCCUUUGUGGGUAUUGUAGCCACCCUAUUUACAGCCUUAUCGAGA